CCGGUAUCUGCGCGGACGCUUUCAUUAUGUUACGUCAUCGAGAUGCGACGCAGUUGUCGGACCCGAAGCUGGGAUAUGAUAUGGCGGCUACAGGGCUGGUACCAUAAAGCAGGGAAGGGAGAGCGCGGAGAUGGCGUCACGUUGCAGGGCACCCGCGUUCCCUUCGUGGAGGCUUCACAUCUCCAGAGAGCUGAGGCGGCGAGACCGGGAACAGAGACAGGUGUUUGAGGAGCUCAUCUUACAGUAUAACCGGCUGCUGGAAAAGUCUGACCUUCGGUCUGUUCUGGCUGACAAGCUGCAAACCGAGAAAUAUGAGCCGCAGAGCCGCCAUGACAGCAGCCAAGGCCCAGAUGGAAUGCGUAAUGAUAUGCUACUGCAGGACAUGGCCCAUAUGAGGAUAAAACACCAGGAGGAACUUACCGAACUUCAUAAAAAAAGAGGGGAGCUUGCUCAGACCGUUAUAGAGCUGAACAAUCAGAUGCAACAAAAAGACAAGGAAAUCCAAGCCAAUGAAGAAAAGAUAGCUAAGUACUUGCAUACAAUCCAAGAUCUGGAAACGGAAUGCCAGGAAUUAAGGAACAAACUGCAAGAACUUGAAUGUGCCAAUCAGACCCUCAAAGACGAGUAUGAUGCUCUCCAGAUUACUUUUACUGCUCUGGAAGAAAAAUUACGGAAGACUACAGAGGACAACCAGGAACUGGUGUCCCGCUGGAUGGCAGAAAAAGCUCAGGAGGCCAACAAGCUUAAUGCAGAAAAUGAGAAGGACUCAAAGAGGAGACAGGCCCGACUUCAGAAAGAACUAGCUGAAGCAGCCAAGGAACCUUUGUCUUUUGAUCAUGAUGAUGAUAUAGAGGUGCUGAAUGAUAAUGCAGACCCUGUGGGAGACAGUGCUGGGGCACAAGCCACAGGCCGGAUCAUCAGUAAGAGAAACUCUCAACCUGCCUCAGGAGGCCUUCUGGACUCUAUCACUAAUAUUUUCGGGAGACGGUCUGUAAAUUCUUUCCCUGCCUCACAGGACUAUGCAGAUUCUCAGGGAGCUGGAAACCAAGAAGUCAGGGUUCCUUCUGCGGCAGUUUAUUCCUUUGAUGCCCAUGAUGGAGAAGUUAAUGCUGUGCGAUUCAGCCCAGGCUCCCGUUUACUGGCAACAGGUGGAAUGGACCGGAAGGUGAAACUCUGGGAUGUGAUUGGAAAUAAAUGUGAAGCAAAGGGUUCAUUAACAGGCAGCAAUGCAGGAAUCACCAGCAUAGAGUUUGACAGUGCUGGUUCCUACCUUUUGGCUGCUUCAAAUGACUUUGCAAGCAGAAUCUGGACAGUGGAUGAUUACAGGCUUCGGCACACAUUAACUGGACAUAGUGGGAAAGUUCUAUCUGCCAAGUUCUUGCUGGACAAUGCCCGCAUCGUCUCUGGAAGUCAUGACCGGACAUUGAAGCUGUGGGACCUGCGCAGCAAAGUUUGCAUUAAGACAGUGUUUGCUGGUUCUAGCUGUAAUGACAUUGUUUGCACAGAGCAGUGUGUCAUGAGUGGUCACUUUGAUAAAAAGAUUCGGUUAUGGGAUAUAAGAACAGAAUGUAUCGUGCGGGAACUGGAGCUGCAGGGUAGAAUCACAGCUCUAGAUCUAAAUCCUGAAAGGACCCAGCUGCUUAGCUGUUCUCGGGAUGACCUUAUCAAAAUCACUGACCUGCGUGCCAAUGCUGUGCUGCAAACCUUCAGUGCCCCAGGCUUUAAGUGUGGAUCAGACUGGACUCGGGUUAUAUUUAGCCCUGAUGGCAGUUAUGUGUCGGCUGGUUCGGCAGAAGGAACACUUUACUUCUGGAACGUCGUCACAGGAAAUGUGGAGAGGAUGUUUAGCAAGCACCAUAGUUCCUCUAUCAAUGCUGUGGCUUGGUCAUCUUCGGGGACACAUGUGGUCAGCGUUGACAAAGGAAGCCGCGGCGUGUUGUGGUCGGACUUUUAAUUGAAUAUGGGUUUUAACUAGGUCUGUGGCACAGUGAAGAUGUGGCCAUAUGCUGCUUUUGUUUGUGAUGGCUCCGAGUGCCGACACCAAGCUCUUUCUGUGAAGUCAUUGAUGUUUGGCAGGAAGCAUGCCUGAAGAUGUAGCUUGUGUUCUCUUCACUCCUUUAACAGGAGUCAUUCAGAUCUGUAAUUCAUUUAAAUUGGUAAAAAAUACAUAAGGACACAAGUGUCUAUCUGACCUUUUGCUUCAAAGACUUCCACGUGACUUUUUAAACCGCUAUAAAUGGAAAACUCUGCCGUAUCUUGUGUAACGUCCUCUGUUUACCGCUAAAAACCAAUUGAUACAAGUGCAUCUGUCCUGUCAUCCCCACUGCCGACAUUGUCUUCUACUUCACCGAAGAAGAGCUCAUCCGGAUCAUUGUGGUGGAAACUAUAACCAGAGAAAUUCUUUAUUUUUCUUAUUUAUCCAGCAGCAUCAUUUUGUCUUUCAUUUUUGGUUAAUGCUUUAAGCAAUAAUAGUUGAAAACCUAAACAUGAAAGGAGAGAGAACCCCUGAAAAUAACCCGCUGUUCAAAGUGAAUACAUUGCUGCCAAGCACCCAACGCAUAUAUAUCGGCCACAAAUAGGGAGCAUAAAUUCCAACCCCACCACUGCUGUAUUGGGAAAAAUUAUUUAAGCAAAAAAAAAAAAAGUACUGCUCUGGGUACAGGCUUCCCACAAACAUGACUUAUUGCUUUAGUUGACUUCUUGGCUAGGACCAAAGACCUAAAAACAUACAAUCUUCUUUUCAGUUAUUCUUCUUGCAUAUCACUCCAACCUUAAUUAGGUUGGCUUGGGGUUUUAAUCACAUAAGAAAUCCAGAUUCUGGGAUUUUAAGACAGACGGGCUUGUUUUAACAGAUCCAGCUAACCGCACCUUGUAUGGCAAGAAAUGCCCAGGAAUGGUUUGUUUAUUGCAAGCAAACACACUGUAGUAAAGCAACAAGGCAUCUACUUGAUACAAUGUUUACAUGUUCAGAAUAACAUACGGUGAAGCUGAAGUUUUGGGCGGUUUCCCUCUGUUUAGAGCAUGGGGGGUGGGGUAGAAAUGCCUUGAAUCUCCCUGCUGGUUGGCUAUUGGGUUGUUUUUUUUGUUUAAAUUCUUGCUAGAAGAUGUUGUCAUGCACACAUCUUGAGAUAGAUAUGGAGAUAUAUUUAUAUUGUGUUAAACUACUUAGUGCAAUAUGAAAUGUAUUGGGUUCCUAAUAAUUUGAUCAUUUCUCUUGACGGGUAGUACAGAGUCCUGCCAUAGUAGAAUGGUCAGUGAUCCAAUACAUGUAUCAAAUCAGGUCACUGGUAAGCCUAUCUUGAUCAUUUACUGACAGUCCGACUGUAUGAGAAAUUGGUGAGUGAAAUUCUACGCAGCUUUGAAGUGCUUUCAUGGCAUUGCUUUUUGAAGCAGGCUUUGCUGUAAAGCAGUGAUCUCCCAACCAGUGGCUCAUGAACAAUGUUACACUCUGAAUCCUUGGAUGUUGCUCCCAGUGGCAGGUGCUUAAUUUGAAUUCCCGGCUUGGAAGCAAGUUUUGGUUUCAUAAAAUCAGGUUUACGGCCAAACAGAGCCUCCUGUAGGCUGCCAGUUCAUAUAGGGCUACCAGAUAUCCAAUCAUAGCCAAUGUUUGCCAUUCCCAGGAACUUUGUGCUUGUUUUGCUCUCCAACUCUUCACAUUUUAAAGGAGAAGGAAAGGCUCGGGGCAAAUGUUAGGCACCCCCAAGUGGUUGUAUUGACUCACCUGAAACUGCCCCGGGUUAUUUCAGUGAGUACCAUGGAACAAUCUUCUACCGUCUUCCUCCUUCUUUGCGCGUGUGCGGUAGAACGAAAAGUCGAACUUUAACUAAAAAGUUGGCUAUUUCGCCCGUCUGCCCCGGAAAAUUUGAAGACAGAAGAAGCCGGAAGAGGAUCGCUUCAUGGUGCUCAGUGGUAUAACCCUGGGCCGGUGCAGAUUUCUGCUGAUAGGAGCUACAGCCCAGGGUUUCAGGUAAGUCAAUACAAUCACUUGGGGGUGCCUAACAUUUUGCACCCCUAAGUGCACCAAGCCUUUCCUUCUCCUUUAAACCCCUGCUGUAAAGGAUCAUCAGUUCAGCUUUCAUUGAAUGGCCCAUGGUAUCAUUACUAAAGAGUCCAGAGUUUUGUUUCUACGAAUAGUGUCCGGUGCUUGUUCUUGCCACCGCAGCUGCAACCGUUUUGCUUAUAUUUUUUAAAUAUGAGUAAAAACAUAACCCAGAAUUUGCUACUUUGUUUUAUUGCAAGUUUAUGUAAAAAAAUAAAACUCUUCUGUAUUUAUGUUGCACAACCCCCUCUGCUAUUGCAGUGCCACCACACAUACCCAUGAAUGGGUUUUCCUUUAUUUAUUAUAAUGAUUUUGUAAAUAGUAAAACUAAUUAUUCUAUAAUUAAAAACGUACCUACAUUUUAGACCAACUUGCCUUAUAGGCCAUGUUUCUUACAGAAGGCAGAGCAGAUUUUAAUUCCCACACACAAGCUUUAUUGGCUUCCCUGUUAUGCACUGCUUGUUCCCUGUGGGUUUGAGUUCAGACAAUGAGAGAUUGUAUCCCCCUAGGAAAGCUGCUGUUAUGAGAGGUGUCUCUGCGCCAUUCCUGUUGGGUUUUUAUUAUUUGUUCAUAGCUGCUGGUUUGCACAGGCCACUUUGUAAAAUAAACUUGCUGUUUUCUCUCGG